GCCAUGUCGGUCCACCUCAUGCGCCUCAACAGCAUCCUCGACGACAGCAGCCGGAGCUACUUUGAGCUCGAGGACAGCGCCAGAAGCGGCGUCGCAUGCGAGUUUGGCGUCGUGAAGGACCCGACCCUCAUGGACAAGCUCACGGGCCAUGCGAACCACGCGACGCUCCUUGUGCGCAUCGACGACGGCUCGAUUACGACCACGGGCCACGACGGCGAGCAGCAGCGCAUGUCGACUAGCGAUCUCUGGACGAAGCUACAUGGCAAGCGAGAGGUGUGGCUGGGCACGACGUCCAGCGACGACGCGCCCACCAAGCACCACACCACGCUCGCGUUCGAGUCGCGGCUCGCGGCCGUCGAAUUCUGUGGCGCCGUCGACCUCAUUCAGCACAUUGCGUAUUUGCGCCAGCCGCAUCGCGCGAGCGCCAUGCGUGGCGACGCUGUGCUGCGCCACCACCUCGAAGCCACGCUGCGUUUUGUUGAGGAAAUGUGGACGCUGGCCAUGUGGCGCGAGCUCUGGCCGUACUCGAACAUGGCCGAGAUCCUUCAAGCGUGCUUGGACGACCUCGGUGCUAUCGACGCCACUCCAGCGCAAGUCCGAAGCCGCCUCGCUGAAAUCUACGAUACGUUCUACACGCAGGCCAACAUGACGCUCUUCGUCGAGCGCGACGGCGUCCGCUUCUAUCGACCCUCGUACAUUGGCCUCCUCGUCGCCAAGGUCAAGGCCGCCAUGAGCCACAUUGCGAUGUACGCACGCUAGUUUUAGGAGACUUUUCGAUAGACCAACAGGAUUGUAAUACUACUUGGUAUUUAGAC